AUGCCCAACAUCGCACUUUGUUCCGUCAUUGAUACGUUUGUUGAGAUCACGCCAUAUGAGACUGGCUACUCCAUCACUGGGGCCUUUGUAGAUACUUCCAGUUUCGGAAGUCAGUUUGACCAAGGAGUUAAAAUAAAAGACCAGCCCGAGAUGGACAUGCUGUUCCUGCAAGGUCUGUGUGGUAGUGGUCUUGCUAGUCUUGGAAAAACUACUGGAGGAACUAUUACGUUUAAUCAAACGCAAUGGGAUAUGGACUGUCAUUGUUAAAUGCUUAAAGUUACUUACUCUGUGGAUCUGGGGGACAACAUACAACUUUCUUUAC